UGCCAUACCGCGCGCUAGCAGAAGAUACAAACGUCUAAUUUCUUGCAGUUAAUUUUGCGCGCAGCCUCACGUCCUUAGCUGGCUACACUUUUUUAUUUUUUAUUUUAAAUAAUUUCCAGUCAGCAUCGAAACAAAGAGGUGAAGACCAUGCUUCUCGAAUUCAAACGAGCAAUUUGAAUAGCAUAACGUUACUGAAAUGCCAGCUAUGCCAACAAAGCAGGUUGGGCUGAGGCCAGCAUUAGGGAGACGACGUCUCGUCCACACAUCAUCCAGAUGAGGAAUGCUGGAAGUAUGCAGCCCAUGUAUAGAAGAGAUGCUGGAGUCUGGCACCAAACAAGAAGUCUUCUCUACAAGAAUCUGCUCAUCAAAUGGAGGACCAAGCAACAGAGUCUUCAGGAAUUGAUCCUACCUCUGCUACUGUUGGGUCUCCUGAUACUCAUCAGCACCCUGAAUCCUCACGUUUACUAUGGAGGCAUCAGGACUGUGGAGCUGGAGCGUGACGACCACUUCUUCAAGGGCCUGGGCUACACACCAAUCACUAACAUCACCAACCACAUCAUGGAAGAGGUGGCCCAGGAAAUGCACAUGCAAGAUCGUCUGGAGAUGUUCGCCAGUGAGGAGGACUUAGAGAACGCCAGCCUGUAUGAGCCUUCCAGUUAUGUCGGUGUUGUGUUCAUGGACAGCUCUGCCACAUCUUACAGACUACGCUUCCCGUACAACCAGCUGCCCCUACCCAGCGAUUAUACAGAAUCUAUUGCCAACUGUUUUACCAGCUCAGUGAACUGCAGAGCAGCUAAUUACUGGUACUCUGGCUUCAUCCGCCUCCAGUCUCUGAUCGAUGCAGCCAUUAUCCAGAUGCAGACAAAGCGUUCAGUGUGGAGUGAGAUGGACUUGAAGGUAGUAAUGAUGGGUCAGCCAGGCUCUGUAGAGGUGCAGAAAUUCCCCCACGCCCUUAUCUCCAUAUACCUGGUCCUGGCCUUCACACCCUUCGUAACCUUCCUCAUCGUCAAUGUGGCAGCUGAGAAGGAACAUCGCCUCAAAGACACCAUGACCAUGAUGGGGCUCUAUGACACUGCUUUCUGGUUGUCAUGGGGCCUCCUGUAUGCUGCUCUGGUGACCACCAUGUCCAUCCUGAUGUCCAUCAUCGCUACGUACACGGCCCUGUUCCCUAACAGCGACUUCUUUGUUAUCUUCUUCCUCAUCUUCCUCUAUGGAAUAUCAUCGAUCUUUUUCUCCUUCAUGCUGACUCCGUUAUUUAAGAAGCCCAAGUUUGCCAGCACAGUGGGCUCCAUGCUGACAGUGGUGUUUGGCUGCCUGUCGCUGUUCACCGUGCUGAUGAAGGACUUCCCACAGCCGCUGGUCUGGCUUCUCUGCCUGCUCUCCCCCAGCGCCUUCUCAAUCGGGAUUGCACAGGUGGUUUACCUGGAGGCCCAGGGAGAUGGUGCUGUGUUUUCCUCCCUGGCCAACGGCCCUCAUCCUCUUUACGUGCCCCUGCUCAUGCUGGUUGUGGACUGCAUCCUCUACCUUCUGUUGGCUGUCUACCUGGACCAGGUACUGCCUGGUGAGUUUGGAAUGAGGAGGUCCUUUGUGUACUUUCUGAAGCCAUCCUAUUGGUCCAAACGCAGAAAGCGCUAUGUUGAAGUGAGCUCAGUAUACGACACAGAGGUGAACGGCGCUCCUGGUGGGGACGAGUCUGUCGAGCCUGUUUCACCAGAGUUCAGAGGGAAAGAAGCCAUCCGCAUCAAUAACAUCCACAAAGUGUACAAAGAGAAGGACAAUGUGGUGGAGGCUCUGAGAGGUUUGACAUUUGACAUCUAUGAGGGCCAGAUCACGGCUCUCCUGGGACACAGCGGGGCUGGAAAGUCCACUCUCAUGAACAUCCUGUGUGGCAUCUGCCCGCCCACUAACGGCUCGGCCACCAUCUACGGCUCCCCUGUAGCAGAGAUUGCAGAUGGGUCAGAAAUGAAGCAGCUGGUGGGAAUUUGCCCCCAGUUCAACAUCAUCUUUGAUGUGCUCACUGUGGAGGAGCACCUGCGGAUAUUUGCCGCCAUCAAAGGGAUCCCACCGGCGGACAUCGACGCAGAGGUUAACAAAGUGCUGAAGGAUCUGGACUUGGAGAAGAUCAUGACUGCUCAGGCCAAGAAUCUGAGUGGAGGCCAAAAGAGGAAACUAUCUGUGGGCAUCGCCAUUCUCGGAGAUCCAAAGAUCCUGCUCUUGGACGAGCCCACAGCUGGUAUGGACCCCUGCUCCAGACACCAAGUCUGGUCGCUGCUGAAAAGCCGCAGAGCCGGCAGAGUCACUGUCCUCAGCACACACUACAUGGACGAGGCUGACAUUCUUGCUGAUCGCAAAGCUGUGAUCUCUCAAGGACAGCUGAAAUGUGUUGGCUCUUCUCUGUAUCUCAAGAUCAAGUGUGGUGUUGGAUAUCAUCUCAGAAUGUCUAUCAAUGAGGGAUAUGAAGCUGAAAAGAUCACGUCAUUGGUCAAGCAGCAUGUUCCCAAGGCAAAGUUGUCUCGACAACACAAGGCUGAGUUGACGUUCACUCUGCCUUUUGAGAGCAUGGACACAUUCCCAGGCUUGUUCUCGGAGCUCGACUGUCAACCCAGUCUGGGAAUUAUCAAUUAUGGGGUUUCCAUGACAACACUGGAGGAUGUUUUUCUUCGUUUGGAGGCAGAGGCUGAAGUGGACCAAGCUGACUACAGUGUGUUUAAUCAAGAACAGGCCGAUGAUGAAUGUGACAACGCCUCUCUGGACGAUACAGACCAGCGGCUACUGACGUUCUCAGACAGCAAGUCAGAUGUUGUGUCGGGUCAUGCUCUGUGGCGGCAGCAGUUUAGCACUGUGGCCUGGCUGCACAUGCUCAACAUGCGCAGGGAGAGGAAGGCCUUCAUUUACACUCUGGCCUUGUUCCUGGUGUUUGUUGCUGCAGUGCUCGUCCUGUCUUUGGCCACCGGAAAUAUCCAGAUUCACUCCCCAGACCGUCAGUUUCUGCCCAUUUACCUUCUCAAAAGGAACCAGGCGCCCCAGAGAUACGCCACCAGCCUCCUGGUUCAGAACUCCACAGGCUCUGAUAUUUCUGACUUUAUCCACAACCUGGAGUCCCAGGACAUCAAAGUGGAUAUGAUGAAACACAGCGACUACAUGGCUGCAGCUCCCCACAGCGCCGCUAUCAACAUAACAGGAUCCAGCAAGGGUUUCAGAUACAGUGUUGCAUUCAACAGCACCACAGUUCACUCCUUGCCUAUGACUGUCAAUAUACUAAGCAACGCUCUUCUAAGAGGUUUAAAUGGUACUGGACAGAUCAGAACCUGGACCAAACCGUUUGAUUAUCAAAUGCCAGAUGCUACGUCCUACGCUCUGGUGUACAUAGAGGCCAUCAUACUGGGAAUGCUGGCAGCUGGAAUGCCUGCAUAUUUCGCAAUGGACCACACUCGAGACAGAGAGAUCAAGUGUCGCUCUACCCUGCGUAUCUCUGGUCUGGUACCGUCAGCCUACUGGUGCGGCCAGGCAGCUGUGGACAUCCCCUUCUACUACCUCAUCCUCUCCUGCAUGACCAUCAUCCUUUUCUCCUUCCACACUGGAAACCUGCUCACCUCCAGCAACCUCACCGCUGUGGUCCUAUGUACUGUUGGCUUUGGUCCAGCCAUGAUCCUCUUCACUUAUGUGUUUUCUUUUGGUUUUGCCCGAGUCCAAAGCAACAGGGAUUUCUUUUCUGUCAUCUCCAUGAUGGUGUGUGUGGUGUCAGCCUCGCUGGUUCAGUUGUCAUUUGUGAACGACAACCCUGGACUGACCAGAAACCUGCACAACAUCUUGUGUUUCUUCAACCCUCUGUACCCUCUCAUGGGCUGCCUCAACUGCAUCACCAAGGCGACCUUCCUCCCCUCUCUGUACGAGGAUAACUUCUUAUGGAAAAACCUGCUCAUUGCGGUUAUAGCUCCCUAUUUCCAGUGCGUCCUGCUGCUUUUUCUGCUUCGUUGGCUGGAGAUCCGUUACGGAGGGAGGACAAUGAAAAACGAUCAGUUCUGCAGGAUCUCAUCCAAGUCAAAGCCCAAAGUGGAGAGGAACCCAGAAGAAGGGCUGAACGAGGAUGAGGAUGUUCAGAUGGAGAAGGCCAGAGUGAAGGAGGCCCUCACCUGCCAGUCCUGUGAAGACAAACCAGUGGUGGUUGUGAGUAACCUGAGGAAGCAGCACAAAGGCAGAAGAGAAGGUUUUUCUGUGAACAAGAUGAGGAAAGUGGCCACAAAGAACAUCUCUUUCUGUGUUCGCAAAGGUGAAGUUCUUGGACUGUUGGGCCCCAAUGGAGCAGGAAAGAGCACCAUCAUGCAUAUGUUGUCAGGUGACACUGACCCCACUGCAGGCCAGGUGCUGAUGGGGGACUAUAGUACAGAGUUUCGUCAAGUGGACAAUCCUUUGGAACAUGUGGGCUACUGUCCACAGGUGAACCCUCUGUGGCCCAGGAUCACUCUGCAGGAGCACUUGGAGAUCUACGCUGCCAUCAAGGGCCUGAGGGGACAGGACGUACCAGGUAUCAUCAAACGUGUGGUGAAUGCUCUGGAGCUAAAGGACCACUUGAACAAACAAGCCAAGACCCUGUCAGGAGGACUUAAGAGGAAGUUGUGCUUUGCCUUGAGUAUGAUUGGGAAUCCUCAGAUCGUCUUACUGGACGAGCCAUCAUCAGGGAUGGACCCUAAGUCUAAACAGCGCAUGUGGAGGGCCAUACGUGCGGCUUUCAAGAAUCAUCAGCGAGGAGCCAUCCUCACCACGCACUACAUGGAGGAGGCGGAGGCUGUGUGUGACCGCGUAGCUAUCAUGGUUUCCGGCCAGCUGAGAUGUAUCGGCUCCAUCCAACAUUUAAAAGGGAAAUACGGUCGAGGCUACAGUUUGGAGGUCAAACUCAGAGAGGAGCUGACGGGGCUCCAGCAGGUGGCGCUGUUGCACAAAGAGAUCCUCCGAAUCUUCCCUCACGCUGCCCGGCAGGAGAGCUUUGCUACUCUGAUGGUUUACAAGAUCCCCACGGAGGACGUCAAAUCACUGGCCCAGUCUUUCUCUCAGUUAGAGAGAGCCAAGCAAACCUUCAACUUUGAAGAGUACAACUUCUCCCAGUCGACCUUAGAGCAGGUGUUUAUGGAGUUUGCCAAGGAGCAGGAGAACGAGGAGGACGAGGUUGGCUCGCUCAGCACAACUUUCCAGUGGCAGCGUCUGCGACAGGACGGCCCAGUUCCAGUCAACCACACGGACAGCAUCGUGCACCAGCUUUGAACUCCAACUGAGAGGGAGCGGGCUGGUGACUGACCAGGACUGACCGAUCCCAACCUGCCAGGCUUCAAUGCCUGAGGGUUCACGCCAGCAAUCGCCUGCUCCACGCAAACCGACACCCACCACCCUUAAAUGAACGGGACAGACCUGGGUCGGGGCUCGCAUUAACUGGGACUGCCUGUGUGUGUGUGUGUGUGUGUGUGUGUGUGUGUGUGUGUGGGAGCUCAGGGCUGUUAAGGCCCCUUUCUCUGGGUCUGAGGUGUGCAUGUGUGUAACCCUCGUCCACUGGUGCUCCGUGUUUUCUGAAUCGCACUGACCGAGGGGCCUGCAGUCUUUCUCAACACACUGAUGCGGCACCUACUCCUCUUUCUAAUGGUGUUUUUUUUUUUUUAUCUUCACAGGGAGUCAGUAAAAGGAAAAUAUAUAUAUAUAAAUAUAUAUAUAAAUAGUAUAUAAUAUUUAUGCUUUGUAAUCCUUUCCAUCCGUUCUCCUCUGUGGGAGGCAUUACAGUGAGUGUGUUUGCUCGUCUCUUCGGAUGUUUUUGUCUGUUGUGUUUGUGAAACUGUUUUUUAAGCACUACCAGAAUUGGGAUCCAUCCACGAUCGUACCAAAGCAGCACAUCUCUGAACCACACACUACCACACCUCCUCACACAAUGAAACUGAGGAGGACUUUUUGUUUUUUAGUGUCUGUAGCAUGUGCAUACGUAGUUUGCAUAAUAGUUCUACAAUUGAUGUGGGGCGGUGGAAUGAGGAAAUAUCGUGAGGCCCAUUUGCUAUAACACUUAAGAAGAGAUGGUACAGCUCUCCAGAGUCUUUAGACCUUUACAAAGCCCCCUACUUAACAAACAGUAAGUGAUUUUGUUUUUUCCUCUGAGGUUGGUCCAGAAUCCCUUCUCCUCAUUUUACACCAGCAUGCACAUCUUAACAUCCAGACUCCCAUUUAAACUCUACUUUCUCCAGGACUGAGUGUUUCAGCAUGCACGCUCACGAGGAGGUUGAUUAUUUUGAAAUGUGGCAGACGGAUGUUGGGAUGAAGGUUUUGGAUAGAUGGUCUUUGCCCUGUGGCCUUCCUUGCAGGUUUAGCUUUGAACUAGAACCCACAGGUUGGGAAUGUGUAGAAUAUGCACACCAGUACAUGUAGCACACUGCCCUCGUCAGACAUUAGCCAGGACUGAUAACCUCAAACGUGGAGAGGUGAAGCUUGAGGUUGUGUUCAGAUCCAGAUGGGGCUUGUUGAAACGUUCUUUAAGUCUUCUCUCAGCCAGGUGUUAUGAGGAUUUUUGAUAACAGAUUUUGAAUGUACGUUUGGCCUCCAGUGAGAGGAGGGUUUGUAAGUCAGCAGUGACGGCUCAGUGGAGCUCCUGUCGUCACUCUGUUUCACUUUGGUGCCACUUUUAAUCACGCAGCUGUGUUUUGUUAACUCUAUCUAGCCUGUUUGGUGUGUGUGUGUUUUAUAGUGUUGUAUAUACUGUGUGUAGCUGCGGCUAUGUCUGCAUAAUCUAGUAUUUGUACAAGCAGGUGGGUUGUUGGUGCAAUACCUAUCAGCAAACCGAUAUAUUGUAAUUUUUUUCUUGACAUUCAGGUGAGAGGAUGAUACGGUUAAAGGGAAUUUAAGACAUUUUGUGAACAGACUUGAGAAAUAUGUGAUCUGUUGGGUUGAGUUUUAUUUUGUUAAUGAUCAUAAAUAGACCUGGGAGGGUGAUAUUUGUCUACAAGUCCCAACUGAGCAGCUUCCUCAGGAGAUCUUUUGCUUGACAGUAUGACCCUUUUGGCUGCUGGCUUGGUUAAGUACAAGAGGGUGGACAAAAUAACAGGAACAGCUGACGAUCUAAUGCGACCCAGUGCAGCAGCAACACAAACUCUGGCCUCAAAAGUCAACAUUAUAAGCUUCACAGAGGAAGCGUUUGUUGCAGUGAUUAUACUGGAUUUAAUUACACUGUCAGGUGUGUUUGUUUUGUCCAACUCUGCAAGACAGAAUAUAAUCUUUUUUAGGAAGUUGGUCUACUUGUCAUGGAACAGCCGAGGAGCAGACAUCUAUUUUAAACACAACCUAAGGUAUUUGAUAUGAAUUAUACUUAUUUGAAUAAAAUAUCCAACAUGAAUUAAUUUUGUGUCCUGCGCUCCGUCACGUGUCUAACGCUUAGAUUCAUGGCACAGAUGCUUGGUAGUGGUGAGUUUUUCAGGCUUGCACAAUGUGUCUGGGAUAAGUAACUUUCAUGUGUUGAUGCAGUAGCUUCCAUUGAUCUGUUAAAGAUUUUAUUUGCUGUUUUACCUACUAUGGCAUUAAGUGGCGUUAAGUAAGAGCUGAUUUAGAAAGUACCAGUCAUUUAUUUGAUGUAUUUGUGAGGUGUUUCAAGAAAUGAGUAUGAAGCCGAUUGACUUUCCAAACAUGUACUAUACACAUUAGACCACGUUACAUACACUAAAGAUUAAAAAUACUAUUAACUUGAGAAAGUGAGUGGGAGUAAUGCCUGAGUUUCUGUCCAUGCACUGUCGGGCGAAUACUGUCCUUUUUAAAUAUGAAAUCUUUAUUUAAACCCUUAAAUAGUGAACAAAAUAAAACACUGGCUCUGCAUUAAAUUGAACAUGUGGCAAGGAUGGAUGGGUUUUUGGGAUGUCAUAUAUAUAUAUAUAUAUAUAUACACACUGUAUAUUUUAUAUUUAUUUUCCCAAGUGCAAUGUAAGGUAUUUGUUCACAACAGCAAAUAUUCUUUGAACUUUGUCGUACUCCAAGAUUCAUGUGUGUUCUGUGCGUUCAAUGUCAGUUUCAGUAACAUGUAGCCACCCAAAUAACAUUGGCUUUUUUGCACUUCUCUUACCCCUGCUUCCAGAACAAAAAGCAUCUUAUCUAGUUGGAAAUAUUUCACAUAAAGAAAACCAAAGUAUUCUUUGGCUCUGUAGAAGUGGAGCAGGUUACAUUUUAUUUUCCUGGUGGUGGUAAAAUUGCACUAUUUCUGGGGAAUUUUAUAACCUUUCUUUAUAUUAUGCAAUAUUUGUAAGAUUAUGUGCACUGAUUUUAUUUUUUAAAGACUGUGGUUUAGCUGUGUGCUGUAUUUCCCUCCUGUAAUGCCCACAUGUCUGGAUGGACGCAAUGGUCUCUACACACCUUUUCAUGAAUAAAUGUUAAUCCAAAUGA